CGUGUUCUGUCAUCACUGAAAUCAAUUCUGUCUCUGAGACUUGAUUGUCAGCGAUAGGACCAUGAAUUUGUCCGAUUUAUCCGGUAUCAAUGAGCCUGGUGGAGAUUUGCUGACAAUGUUACUGAAGAAAUUCACCUCCAGUAGACUGAAUGAAACCAAGGAACCUUGCUAUCUAGUUAAUGAUUCGUAUAACAACUGCAGGCCCAUUGUGGAACAAACUCACUCACCAACAGUUGGCGAGGAAAUAUUUACAUACAUGACGCCAUUCAUAUUCGUCAUUGGGAUUUUCGGAAACAUCCUAUCCUUGAGAGUCUUCAUGACCAAAAAUAUGCGGAAACUCUCGGCAAGUUUAUAUCUUGCUUCUCUAUCUACUGCAGAUCUUAUGUCGCUUAUAUUUUACGUCUUAAUUGAGUGGGUGAAACGAGCAAUUUCGUACACUCCUGGAGUCCUUACGGCCCCAUUCUUAGAACAAAAUGGCAUAUGUCAAAUUUUGAUUUACCUCCAAUAUAUAUCCCGAUUUUUGUCGUCCUGGAUCAUUGUAUGUUUUACUUUUGAGCGAUACAUUGGAGUGUGCCAUACGCUGAAAAGGAAAACAUUUUGUGACAUGCAUUCAACCAGAAAAAUCGUGUCGUCAGUGAUCACCCUCGCUUUGGUGCUUUGUCUAUAUAAACCAUGCUUGACAGCUUCCAUCGAGGUAGGCCCUAACAAGGUCAAAGUCUGCACGACUGAGCCAACUUACAAGGACGUUAGUUUCGUUCUAGAUUGCAUCUUUGUUAUGUCCAUCAUAUUUCUCCCUUUCGUUAUCAUAACUGUCUUGAAUACCAUGAUAAUCCGUACGUUGUAUAUUCGGAAUAAGCAUCACAGAGAGUGCAAGGUAAUCACUGAGGAAAGCAUCAUACGACUAGAGUUCACCAUCAUCCUGAUAGCAAUUUCCAUCUGUUUCAUUGCAUUUAAUACCCCUUACACCGCCAUCUGGAGUAAACAACACUUGCUUGCCAAACUUCUGAAGACAACAAACACGGACGACUUACUUAAAGACGAUCACGAUGGAUCAGAACUGACUUGGAACAUAAAUGUCAUGUUCAUCACCAGAACAAUUUUCUACAUGAACUACUGCGUGAACUUUUUUCUUUACUGUCUCACGGGAGCCUACUUCAGAAAGGAGCUGAGAAUGUUGUUCAUGUACAAAAGCAAGAGCUAUCAGAAUCAAUAUCACCGCUGUUCCGUACAUAACACGUCCUCUAGCCCUACACCUCAGUCAUGUCUCUAAAGGAAAAUAGGGUGGGUAUUCCAAAUCCACAAAGAGAAAGUAGUUCUCAUCAACCCUAGCUUAAGCAAAGAGUUCGCUUCCCUCAUUCACAUUGGAACAGAGGGUUUUAUUCCCAACCCACAUUGAAAUAGAGACUAUUCUUCCGACAUCUACAUUGGAACUGAAGAUUCAUAUUCUCCAAACCACAAUGAUACGGAGGAUACAAAAUUCCUACCAACUGGGUACCUGAUACAGAGGGUCCAAAUCCCAUCACCAACACUGAUACAGAGGGUACAAAAUCCCAACCAACAUGGAUACAUAGGGUCCAGAAAACCCCACCAACAGUUUCAGAGGAUACAACCUCCCUCCCCCAUCACCAUCACUGAUACAGAGUGUACAAAUCCCUAAUAAACACUGGACAAAAAUUCCAUAUGUGCCACGCACAUCAGGUCGAUAUGCGCCAUCUUCACAGAAAGAGGUCAAACAUCACGCACAAACAGUGGGCUAACGUCACACCUGUGUCGAGGUUCCCAACAUUUGUGUCCCAAACUAUCUAGAACUAUCCUUUGUCUACUAUUACAAUUACACUUCUUCAACUCUCCAACUCCUAUCGUUAUAGGAUCAGAAUGAUGUCAUUCACACCUUACGUCACGAGGAUACACGACCCAUACGUCAAUGCUUCCUGCUAUCGAAUUUUGACAUCAAAUAAACGAUAUACUGUUUUCUUGUAAUUGUGUGAAAAAUAAAUGUAUAGAAGAGUACAGGGAAACAUUACAUUAUGUACACAGAUGUAUGAAGAACAAGCGACUAACCUUUAGCCUAAUUAUUGCUGUCUGUCAGUCAUUUCAUUCCCAGAAAUCUUCACAUAUUAUCCCCAGUAUGGUGCAGUUUGUUGUUUUGAAUAUUGCUUGACAAUACAUUGUAACUGGAGCAGUCUGUGGAUAUUUUUUUUAUUGUGCUUCUAUUUCUUUUA